AUGGAAGCCGCCGCGAUCCUCGUCCACGGUUCUUCUCUCCCUCAAGAUAGAGCACUCUGGCCAAGCUACAUGUCCGGCGGUGCCUUGGCCUCUCCUCGCUCGAGCACUGAAGAAAAGCCUUCCUCUGCCGACACUUACGGCGCCCGCUCGCCGGCAUCGACCACGCGAUUCGGCGCAAACUCAUCUCAGUUUGAUGACGAAGAGCUCGAAGAUGUUUCAGAGCAAGAAGACGAAGAGGCGGACCAAGGCGAGAAUACCGACGAGAGCGACGAACCCGCGAUGAGCGUCGUCGAUUCUACCUUGAGUCCUGGACGUACCCGCAGCCAUUCGACGGGUGUUCAAACCCACAUGCCCCAUCUCCGUGCAUCAUAUGGAGGACACCCAAACACAUAUGGAUGGGGAGUCAUUGCCGAAUCCGGACAGCACAAUGCCUUCUCGGGCAGCGUUGGCACAAAGUCUCCAACUUCUGAGAUGGCUCGCAGCCCAAUGGCCAUCCCAAAUGGAAAUGUCGAGGGUGCAUAUCAUCCUUCUUCCUUUAGUCGCCCAACGCAUUACCAGCACCAAUCCAUGUCGUCCUUUGGCUCCUUUACGCAUUCUUUCAGCUCUGCCUCUGCAUCGUCCUAUAUUCCCAGCUCGUCCAUGCGUAGCCGCGACGGAUUGGCAGACGAAGAGGACCCCAAGCAGAUGGAAGACAUGGACGACGAGGAUAUCUACGACUAUAGCCAUUCCGCUCGCACAUCAAGCCUUUACACCCGUCUCACGUCAGUGGCAAAGGGCCCUGCCUCCAGAAUGGCUUACACGCGCGGAGGUGGACAGCACGUCGGGUUUGCCUCGAGUGGCAAAUCUGUCUCGCCCGAUCGGAGCAGGGAUGAGGACAUGUAUACCAUGGACAUGGAUUGA